GGGAUGCAGAGGGACCCCGGACAGAAGCAGGACCCUGGGUGCAGUGUCCCUCCCCUCUUCUAACAAAAAGUAGAGGUGAGUGAGGCUGAGACCCAAAGAGGGCGCUCCCUCUGAGGCAGCGGUGCCAGAGGCUGGGUCUAGGCUGUGGUUUGGCCCGCGUGAGUGGCUUUACUCUUUCCGCGGCUGCCUUGCCCCCCAAACUCUCUGUUGGGUGAACAUCUUAGACUCUCCGUCAACCCUGCGUUUUGGAAUUCCAUCCCUCUUGAAACCAGAGCUGUGAAACUUAGAGCUUAGCAUCCAGGACAGCAGAGAAGAAUAAAUACACCAAUCCUCGGGGGUGUUUUUUUCUCAGCCCGUCUCUAGAUAACCGAUAAAGAGUUAUUGUGCCUCUCCGCCCCUCCUUUUUGUCGUCCUUGUGUUCUCUGCUUCCUCAGGAAGAAUUUCAGGCGUUCUGGGACCGAGCCCUGUUUUGGAGAACACACGCAGGCUCAGCCUGGCCCCCUAAGAUAGCGGUCGGUAUCUGAGUUCAAUUUUAGGAGCUGCUAUUCCAGGAUGAGGACGGGAAGGCGUAUGCCAAAUGCAUUGUUUCUGUUGGGUUUUCAGCAGGUGUUGAAGUUUCUUGGAUUUCUAGUUUCAGAAAAGCUUUUCGGGUUACACAGGUCAUUGAGGAUUUAGCUGGUUGGCGGGAUGACAUGUGAAACGGCGGGCCCGGCCUUUCAAGAGUUUAAUUAAUGGGCCGACGGGAACGUGUCAGAGUCGCACUGCUGUUUCUGCGCGCCUCGAACCUAAGAAGCUCCUGCUGCGGCUCAGCGGGUUAAUGAUCUGGCUUGUCUCUGGCGCUGCUGGUUCAAUCCCAGGCUCGUUGCAGUGCGUGAAGGAGUGGGCGUUGGCGAAGCUCUGGCAUGGGUCACAGAUGCUGCACGGGUUCCAUCCGUGGCUGGUAAUGUCUGUGUGCCGUGGGUGUGGCUGAAAAAAGAAAAAACAAUUCAGAUGGUAUAUUUGAGUGAAAUGAAUGCGUACGUACACACCUAUAGCACCGAGGCAGCUGCCGUGGUGCCCAGGCAUGCCUGGCAGGGACCGAAGGAGCGUUUCGGUGAGGUGUCAGGGUUUCCGAUUCCCUUUGUGGCUUCCCUUUAUUGAUGGUGGCUACAGACCGUGGGCCAGAGUCAGUGUCGGUGGGGACUGGACUCUGACCUCAAUGGAUGUAAAUGCCUCACGGGUGGUACACACACCCGACGUGCGCUGCAGUUGUCCGUGGGAACCCAGACAUUUCGGGAAUGGGCUCGUGUUUCAGCACCAGCAGGAACUGGGAGCGAGGUUCUCGUGCUUCCAAGGCCCCGAAGUUCUCCUGUCCGUUGACAGCGGAACAUAGGUAUGGAUUUUAAGAUGUUCCUUCUAGGCUAGGAAAAACUAGUUUAAGUGACAUGGGGGGCUUGUUCACACACGAAGUAAAAGUUAGUCCGUUAAAGCAGUGCAUUUUCAUGACAGAGGACUAAGUCUUUCACUGGCUGCUCUUUCUGUAGCACAGUCCUUCAGUGCCUGCGAAGAGCCAACAUUCAGCGUCUGUAGGUGGUGUUUUCCUUAAUGGCGAUGAAGUAAGUAUUUAUUGGUGCCCAUUACUUGCAGGACCUUGUGUUAGAUGCUGUGAGUCCUGCAGAAAAUGUUUAACUCGGGCUGCCACAGACCACUCCUGUGGCAGAAAGGGGCACUUUAAGAGAAAGUGACGGUGACUCGGAAUUAGCCUCCCAGUCAGACACAGUGAUGUGUUUUUCUCAAGGCUGGCGGAUCCCUGCAAGGGUGAGGCUCAGGGACCAGGGGUGGGUCCUCUUUCCUGAGCUGGUGUCCUUGACGGGAGAACCCUGGAUGGCCGCGAGCAGCUGUGGAGCUGGGACACCAAAGGUGCUCAGUUCGUGUUGAUGGCACUCAGACAAAAAGCACCUUGGCAGUUUCAGUGGUCCGUGAGCAGCAGGGUGUCAUAGCCCAUGGGCUUUGACCUUAAGAAGCAGGCUGUUCCUGCUGAGCCUGAGCCCUUCAGCCUGCCAGUGGUUUUCAUAGAAAGUCAUGAGCUGCAGAGCCGUCCAUAACCGUGACCCAUCCUCCACCUCUGGGUGCUUCCUCUAGCCCCCCACAGCUGCCGGCCCUCAAAGUGUGUGCAAUGUGCGCAUGCAGGCAUGGGGGCAGGUGGCGGGGUGGCGGGGAGAUCCACGCCUGCUGUUUGUAUGCUGGCAGGGCUUUAUUUCCGUCCCUCUUUGUUCUCGCAGGAUGACGCUUGUAGCUAGUGGCAUGGGACAUUGAUCCCUUAGCGCCAGAGGCGUGCCUAGAGCUGUAAAGCUUUCCAGACAUUGUUUUCACGUGGUACAAGACCGGUGACAAAGAUUGAAAAUUUGGGAGUUCCCGCUGUGGCGCAGCACGUUAAGGAUCCGGGCUGUCUCUGCGGUGGUGCGAGGUCGCUCCCCGGCCCUGUGCAGUGGGUUCAGUGUCUCGUGUGGCUGCAGCUGGGGCGCAGGUCAUAGCUGGGGGCGCGGGGUCAAUGCCUGGCCCGGGACCUUCCACAGGCUGUGGGUGUGGCCUCUGGAAAAAAAACAGAGUGAGAAUUUAAGCCGAGUCUCUGGCUUUGAGCGGGAGGGCGUCGUUGCGAGGCUUGUCUGAGAAAACCUCUGUGGUCGUGUCUCCAUGGCCCCACUGUUCCUAAUCCUUGUCCUCUUGAUGGUUUCAACAGGCCAGAGUGAUUCCCUGGGAGCCGUAAGUACUGAUGUAUUAGGGUGCAGCGCGCGUUGCGCCUUGACGCACAGCGCCCCAAAAUGAAUACCCAGGAGCAGGGCUUCCCCUUGGACCUCGGCGCAAGUUUCACCGAAGAUGCCCCCCGGCCCCCAGUGCCUGGUGAGGAGGGGGAGCUGGUGUCCACAGACCCCAGGCCCGUCAGCCACAGCUUCUGCUCUGGGAAAGGUGCCGGGAUUAAAGGGGAGACUUCGACAGCCACGCCGAGGCGCUCGGACCUGGACCUGGGGUACGAGCCCGAGGGCAGCGCUUCGCCCACCCCGCCGUACUUGAAGUGGGCCGAGUCGCUGCACUCCCUGCUCGACGAUCAGGACGGGAUAAACCUGUUUCGGACUUUCCUGAGGCAGGAGCACUGCGCUGACCUGCUGGACUUCUGGUUCGCCUGCAGCGGCUUCAGGAAGCUGGAGCCCUGCGACUCGAACGAGGAGAAGAGGCUGAAGCUGGCCCGAGCAAUUUACCGCAGGUACAUCCUCGACAGCGGUGGCGUCGUGUCCAGGCAGACCAAGCCGGCCACCAAGAGCUUCAUCAAGGACUGCAUCGCCAAGCAGCAGAUCGACCCUGCCAUGUUCGACCAGGCGCAGACCGAGGUGCAGUCGAGCAUGGAGGCCAACACCUACCCCGCCUUCCUCAAGUCCGACAUCUACGCUGAGUGCACGCGCGCGGGCGCCGAGAGCCCCAAGGCCUGUGGCGAGCCGGGCUCCGCGGCAGGCACGGGCAAGGGGGUCCCCGGAUACCUGCCCACGCUGAACGAGGACGAGGAGUGGACGUGCGACCGAGGCGCGGACGAGGAGGCCGCCGGAGACCCCGCACCGCCCGGCAGGCUCACGCAGACGCUGCUGCUGCUGGAAACCGCCGCCCCGCGGGCCUGCUCGAGUAGACGGUACAGCGAAGGCAGAGAGUUCAGGAGCCACGGAAAGAGUAGUGGCAAGAUGACUUUAUUCCAGGGAGGGACGGAAAGUAAAAGGUUCUCCAGGAGCUCCCGCCGCGGCUCAGCGGUUAACGAACCCGACUGGCAUCCACGAGGACGUGGGUUCAAGCCUCACUCAGUGGGGCAUGGAUCCUGGCGGGAGCCCGUCCACUCCUACUAUGUCAACUCGGGCUACGCUCUCGCCCCCGCCACCAGCGCCAACGACAGUGAGCAGCAGAGCCUGUCCAGCGAUGCUGACAGCCUAUCCCUCACCGACAGCAGCGUGGACGGAAUCCCGCCCUACAGGGCCCGCAAGCAGCACCGCCGGGAGAUGCAGGAGAGCCUCCAGGUCAACGGGCGGGGCCCUCUACCUCACAUUCCUCGCACCUACCGAAUGCCAAAGGAAGUCCGCGUGGAGCCCCAGAAGUUCGCCGCAGAGCUCAUCCACCGCCUGGAGGCCGUCCAGCGGACGCGGGAGGCGGAGGAGAAGCUGGAGGAGCGGCUGAAGCGCGUGCGGAUGGAGGAGGAAGGCGAAGGUGGUGAUGUGUCCUCUGCCCCCCCAGGGGCCAGUCACAAGCUGCCUGCGGCCCCGGCCUGGCACCACUUCCCAGCGCGCUACGCGGACGUGGGCUGCGUGGGGCUGCGGGACGCGCACGAGGAGAACCCCGAGAGCAUCCUGGACGAGCACGUGCAGCGGGUCAUGCGGACACCGGGCUGCCAGUCGCCAGGACCCGGCCACCGCUCCCCGGAGAACUCGCACAUGCCCAAGAUCGGGGUGCUGGGGGCCGCGGUGCCCGGACACGGAAAGCACGCGCCCAAGUUGGGGGUGAAGCUCGACGCAGCUGGCCUGCACCUCCACAGACACAGCCACCACCAUGGCCACCAUGGUGCCGCCAGGCCCAAGGAGCCGGCCGAGGCCGAGGCCUCCCGCCGGGUCCAGAGCAGCUUCGCAUGGGGCCCGGAGCUGCACGGCCACGCGGCCAAGCCCCGCAGCCACUUGGAGAGCCUGGGGACCCCUCUCAACACCGGUGACAGCCUGGCCUACAGCGGCAAGGCAGGCAUGACCUCCAAAAGAAGCGCCAAGAAGGCCGAGUCAGGGAGGAGUGCCAGCGCAGAGGCACCGGGCCCCUCCGAGGAUGCGGAGAAGAACCAGAAGAUCAUGCAGUGGAUCAUCGAGGGCGAGAAGGAGAUCAGCAGGCACCGGAAGGCUGGGCAUGGGUCGUCUGGGGCAAAGAAGCAGCAGGCCCAUGAGAGCUCCAGGCCCCUGUCCAUCGAGCGUCCUGGGGCCGUGCACCCUUGGGUCAGCGCCCAGCUCCGCAACUCCGUCCAGCCCUCGCAUCUCUUCAUUCAAGACCCCACGAUGCCGCCCAACCCGGCCCCCAACCCCCUGACGCAGCUGGAGGAGGCCCGCCGGCGUCUGGAGGAGGAGGAGAAGCGAGCCAGCAAGGUGCCCUCCAAGCAGAGGACGAAAUCGCAGAGGAAGGCAGGCGGAGGGAGUGCCCAGCCGUGCGAUAGCAUCGUUGUGGCCUAUUACUUCUGUGGGGAGCCCAUCCCCUACCGGACCCUGGUGAGGGGCCGCGCGGUCACGCUGGGCCAGUUCAAGGAGCUGCUGACCAAGAAAGGCAACUACAGAUACUACUUCAAGAAAGUGAGCGACGAGUUCGACUGCGGCGUGGUGUUUGAGGAGGUGCGCGAGGACGAGGCCGUCCUGCCCGUGUUUGAGGAGAAGAUCAUUGGCAAGGUGGAGAAGGUGGACUGACCAGCAGGCUGGCCUCUGAGCCAGACUGGACCCCUGUCAGCUGGGGGCAGGGCGGCCGCCCCGGAGCCACGAGGCCGACCCAGGCUCCGGGCGGAAGGCAGGUGCUGCCUGCCCCACGGUCGCCGCCCCUUUGGUCCAGGAGGGCGCCGGCCCCUGAGGGUCCCCGGGGCUGGUCCUCUCCUCCGCUGGGAUACUCAGAGCCUCCCCAACAGGGAGCCUGCCCUGGGGCCGCCUCAAGUCCCUCCCCAGCGGCCCCCUGCUGCUAACCGCGGGCAGCCCCUGGCGCUUACCGCUUGGGCUCUGCCCCCUCUGGGACUCGCCUGCCCUGGCCAGGACCAUCCCAGAGCCAGGGUGCUGGGGGCCCCCGGGGCCUCCGUCCAUUGUACCUGUCACCGAGUGCCUUCAACACAGCUUGUCUCUUGCCUGCCACUGUGUGGACCCGGUGACGGAGCACCCAGGCCCUCCUCCGCCCUCGGGGACGGAGCGCCAGCUCAGCGGGUCCCGGGCUCCUCUUUGCUGAGGGCCCGUGUAAAUAUGUACAUUUCUCAGGCGUGGGCCAGUGGGGGGCCGCCCCCAGCCCAUUUUUCAUGCGCUGACUUGUACAAUGAACUUUUCAAAGGUACUUGGAUAAUAAUGAAAUAAAACCAUUUUUGAACCUUC